AUGAAGUCUAUUUCAGUGCCGGCUGGGUAUGGGAUAGUAAAAAUAACCUGUGAGGAAUUAAUUAUUGAAAAAGUUUUCAAUUUGGUCCCUUUUCCCAGCACUAUUCCCGAUCUGACGGAUCCAAAAUGUCAUAAUGACGGAAAUUUGAUCGAAACUAGUUUUGCAACUUUUUACGUGCUUGAGUAA